GUUUUCGGAACUGAAAACCCGAGUACACUUUGGAUCGAGUAUCCAAUAAAUACAGUUCCAUCUAAGAAGGGUUUUAGACGUUUUAGGGUUUUGUAGAGAGAGAGAGAGAGAGAGAGAGAGAAUGGAUCCUUCAUCGCUGGAUUCCGCCGAAUUGCAGCGAUUUCUUGAACAAGAGAAGGAGCGGGCCAUGGUAACCGAAAUGGUGGGGAAGCUUACGAACGUAUGCUGGGACAAGUGCAUUACUGGGACACCUGGCAGCAAGUUCAGCUCUAGCGAAACAUCCUGCCUGACCAACUGUGCUCAGCGAUAUAUGGAUAUGAGCCUCAUCAUCAUGAAACGAUUUCAGUCUAUGCAUUGAACUCAAGUACUGAACUAUGCCCGGCAAGUGGUUUUCCCCUUGCUUUCUUUGUUGGUUGAUGAUUCACAGAGAUAGCCUUCUAUUUCUGGGCAACAACAUUGAAAAUUUUUAUUAGUUUUGAAUAUUUGCCCAUUGCAAGUACACUUCGCGCUUCAAGCAGUUUUAAUGUUAUAAUAUUCGAUUUAGCUUUUAA